AUGGCAGAGCAUCGCUCUUUCUCUGAUGUGAGGUUCUUUCAAGGUAUAUAUAUCAGAGCAUUCCUCUCUGCUAACACAACAAUGACAGAUCUCACAGCCAAAGAAAGACUUGCGAAACUGAAGGAGUUGAAGUCGUUAAAAAGACAGUCGGCUGAUUCGAACCGAAAAGAAUUGCUCCGAGAGCACCAGCAGAAAAAGGUGGAUGCCAAGGUGCGGCUGCGGCUGGAGGAAAAGCAGAAGCAGGCUGAGGAGGAGCUCGUGCGACUGGAAUCAGAAGACAGAGGUGAAGAUCAUGACAGGCGUAAGGCUUGGGAUUGGUCGAUAGAGGAUGUCGAGCGGUGGGACGCGAAACAGAAGCGCGACAAACAUCGGAAAUCGCAGGCAGGGUUUCAAAACUAUGUUCAAAUGGCUGAGCGAGCCUACGAGAAGGAUCUAGAAGACAAGCCAGUCUCAAUAAAGUCUCACAACGACCAGAUGGAGCAGCUUGCUGAGCGUUUGGAGCAGGGGCAGGACUACGACAAGGCGAUACAGGAAUUAGUUGCGCGCUAUAGGCCGUCCAAGGACACUGUGGAGGGCUUGGUGGCCAAUCUUGCUGCAGCAAAUGAGAGGCGUAUGAAGAGAAACAGGCCUGUGGGAGAGAAUGAUAGCGGAUUCAUCAACGAUAAGAACAGGCAGUUCAACGAUAAGUUGAGUCGGCACUAUGAUAAGUACACGCGGGAUAUCCAGGAAGCAUUGGAGCGUGGGAGUGCUCUAUAA